GGUGCCAGAAUCCUUCUGAGCACUGCUGACAGAUUUAAGAACUUGCAUGUGGAUUUCAGGAGGGUGCAGCUGCGUUUGUGGAAAUCUAAAGCAGUACUAUUGAAAUGCAGGUCUGCAUUUCGGUUCGACACAAUUGGUAGUUCAUUUAGAUGCUUCUGUAGGUAUGGGGCUGACAGCAGUCAUCUUCCUCUUGGUGUUGGCAUCUAGACACCAGCCCACUGCAGGUGUUGGGCAUGAUCCAUUGCUUGUUGUGGAUGAUUAUGAGGAUGGUGGUAUUCGACUCAAAUGUUUAUCUGAAAGGUUGUUUUCUGAAGCUCAGCUGUUGUGGACAGACAGUAGAGGAGACAACAUCACAGGAACUCCUCUCUCUGCUGACACUGGCACUGCUGGUGUCAGCAGCUCCAUCGUUCUUAAAGCAGGAUCUGGGAACUCCAUGUCCUGCCGCAUUCUAGACAAACAACUGAAAACAUCAACAGAAUCUUCAGUUGCCAUUGCAGAUGCCUUCUUUCCCUCCACCUCCCCUUGGCUGGCGGCAUUUGUUGUGAUCCUGCUCCUGAGCAUAUUCCUGGUCCUCGCUGCAAUUUAUAAAAUCAGAAGUAACAAUAAGGAAAUCACUCGUGCACAAAAUGCACGAAAGCAAAUUGAGCAAGAUAUAGAUGAACUCAAACGGAAACUGGAUGAACAGAAGAGGAGAUUUGAGAAGGAAAAUGAGGAUGCAGAGAAAAGAAUUGAAAAUGUCCGGAAUGAACUGAAGUUCAGGAAAGCUCGUAGCAAUGCAGUUAAUAUCACUCUGGAUCAGACAUGCAAACACCCCAACCUCUGCAUUAGUGACGACAAAAGGAGGGUAAAGUCCUCAGACAAGAAAGAGACAGCCCUCAAAGCAAUGGUGGUAGCUACUGAAGGUUUUCCAGACAAAAAACAUUACUGGGAAGUGGAGGUGGGGAACCAAUCACAGUGGGAGCUGGGAGUGGUGAGUGAGAAUGUUAGGGAUGUGAUAAUGAACAACAUGGGGAUUUCUCCCCCAGUGAAUGGUUUAUUCAGUCUACAGUACUCUCAGGGAAAAUACAUAUUAACUGGUAGGGAGGAUGUAAGUGAUUGCAAACAGUGCAGUGUGGUGGGUGUUCUCCUGGAUGUGGAAAGCUCUGAGCUUUCAUUCUACAAUGUUGAAGAAAUGAGCCCUCUUGGGUCUGUCGUUUUGGAGUUUACUGGGAAACUGUAUCCAUUCUUCAGUCCAGACUCAAGUGGCAAGUGGCUGGGGGUACGUCCUGUAAAACCUCAGACCUAUGAUCCUCUUCCACAGGGUGAGAAGGAGAUUAAUGAGUGAGCAAUGUGGUGAAUAAUAGAGGAUGCAAAAAUGUAGAAGAAGAGAAGAAUGUAUUUUCAUCUUUAAAAAGCAUGGUUAAGGAACAAAUAGUCCCUGAAGUACUUCAGAGGGAGCCAUCUUGCCGUAAGAGCUCAUUUUGUAAAAAUUGAAAUGUAUCAAACGUUGCAAUUGUAUUUUAUUCUGUCUGGAUUAAAAACAAGCAAAUAAACAAGUAAAAGCACACACACACACAAA